AUGUCACCUAUAACCUUCUUCGACCGAGAUUUUCAUGGUGACAACCCCGUCCAAGAUGACCCCAUGGUGAUUUCGGUCGAAAUGCACAACUACAUUGUGAAGAAAACAUUGGUCGACCAGCGAAGCUCAGCCGACAUCUUGUAUUGGAACACUUUUAUGCAGCUAGGGAUUCCGGAGGAAAGCCUGGAACCGUAUCACGAGCCGCUAGUAGGAUUCUCUGGCGAAAGAGUGAUGACGAGAGGGUGCAUUGACUUGUACACUCGCUUUGGUUUCGACCAAAAGUCAUCCCGAGAAAUCAAAAUCUGUUAUAUCGUGGUGCAUGCGAAUACGUCCUAUAAUAUCCUACUAGGUCGACCCUCUAUCAAUACGCUGAGAGCCAUCGUCUCGACCCCUGACCUGUGCAUGAAGUUCCCGUCGAGAGAUGGACAGGUAAUAACCGUUCACGCUGAUCAGAAGACAACGAGAGAAUGUUACCUCUCCAGCUUGAAGGUCCGACCCAUAGCCGACCCCCCGUUGACAGCGAAAGGUGUGAACGUAAUAAGACAGGAGAUGAUGGAGGGCUUGGACCUCGACCCUCGCUUAGGUGAGGAAGAGCGAAUCGAGCCGGCCGAGGACCUCGUUCCUUUUCAACUCGGGCGGAAACCCGAACAGGUCACCCACAUGGGAUCCCAACUGAGUGCAGGCGAUUCAAACCAGGUGAAACGAGCGGUUCGAGACAAUAAAGACUUGUUCGCAUGGACGACAUCUGACAUGCCGGGAAUAGAUCCCAAAUUCCUUUGUCAUCGACUGGCCUUGUGUCGAGGCGCCCGACCAGUAGCACAAAAGAAAAGAAAGAUGGGCGAUGAGAAGAGGAAGGUUGCCGAUGCCGAGGUGAAAAAAUUGUUACAGGCUAAAUUCAUAAGGGAGGUCACGUACACAACCUGGCUAGCUAAUGUGGUUCUGGUCAAAAAGUCAAACGAAAAGUGGAGAAUGUGCACCGACUACACCGACCUCAAUAAAGCCUGCCCUAAGGACGCCUAUCCACUCCCUUGCAUCGACCGACUUGUCGACGGUGCAUCCGGGCACUCCAUCUUCAGCUUUCUCGACGCCUAUUCUGGCUACAACCAGAUAAAGAUGCACCCGGGCGAUGAGGAGAAGAUGACAUUCAUCACCGAGAACGCCAACUUUUGCUACCAAGUCAUGCCGUUUGGACUGAAGAAUACCGGGGUGACCUACCAAAGGUUAAUGGACAAAGUGUUUCAGGGUCAAAUCGACCGAAACAUCAAGAUUUAUGUGGAUGACAUGGUGGUCACACCACAAAAAAAAAGCUAUUUAUCGGAGGUUAUUUUAUGGGGGUUUUAA